GAACUAUUGCAGAACUUUAUAAAUAGCGUUUAUGGUGUGCUUUCUGCAGUCUACCCAGACGGCCGUGUGUGUAUCUCAAUCCUGCACGCUCCUGGUGACGACCCCAUGGGGUAUGAGAGCAGUGCUGAGAGGUGGAGUCCUGUGCAGAGCGUGGAGAAGAUCCUGCUGUCUGUGGUCAGCAUGCUCGCUGAGCCCAAUGAUGAGAGCGGAGCAAACGUGGACGCCUCGAAGAUGUGGCGUGAGGACAGAGAGCAGUUCAACCGACUAGCUAAGCAGAUCGUGCGCAGAUCUCUGGACCUCUGACUUUCCUGUGUACAGACACACUCUCACACUCCAGGGCAGUGAGGACUGACGUUUACAAGGAUUCAAACUCCCGACGAAAGAGAAGAGUGUCUGUGCUGAGUGUUGUAGUGUACUGCCCCCCCCCCCCCCCCCCC